UUUGAGUCCGGUCCAGUCACAAAAAUUAAUGAUUCCAUAGACAAUUUGAUUAUUUGCUAUCUUCGGAGUAUUACGUGGGAUUCAAUCAAAUUAAACCCUAUUUUUUACGCGAUAAAAUUGAAAUCAGUAUUUUGAUUUUGGUUUUGGAAGUUCAGUCAUUUACCGAAGUGGGCCGUACCCUGGGCCGUCAAGUUAACACAAAUCGUCAAAUUCUACAUUCUUGUACAUAUUUCUGCUUUUCCGCCAAAGUACAGAGUCAUUCUAGAUUUGCCAAAAUGGCAGAGGGACAGGACGAACCCAAAAAAAUUACUAUUACAGUGAAAACACCGAAAGAAAAACAGCAAGUUGAGAUUGAUGAGGAUGCUGACGUUAAAAAACUCAAGGAAGUGUUGUCCCCUAAAUUCAGUGCAGAACCGGAGCAGCUAUGUCUCAUUUUUGCCGGAAAGAUCUUGAAUGAUGCCGACACCCUGAAACAGCACAACAUCAAGGAUGGGCUGACAGUCCAUCUCGUGAUAAAGACUCCGCCAAGGCCCGAGCCUGAGGGCGCUACGCGACGUCCUCCAGCUGAUGUUGGUGCUACUCCAUUUGGUUUAAAUUCAUUGGGUGGAUUAGCGGGCCUUGAGAGUUUGGGUCUUGGCCAGAGCACUUUUAUGGAUUUACAGGCUCGAAUGCAACAAGAGCUCCUGUCAAAUCCAGACAUGCUGCGACAAGUUCUUGACAACCCACUGGUGCAACAAAUGAUGAAUGACCCAGAGAACAUGCGUACUCUCAUCACAUCCAACCCACAAAUGCAGGAUCUUAUGGCAAGGAAUCCAGAGAUAAGUCACAUGCUGAAUAAUCCUGAGCUUUUGCGGCAAACUAUGGAGUUAGCUCGCAAUCCCGCGAUGUUGCAAGAGCUCAUGCGUUCUCAUGAUCGCGCCCUCUCAAACCUGGAGAGCAUACCUGGUGGCUAUAACGCUUUACAGCGCAUGUACAGAGACAUCCAAGAACCAAUGUUGAAUGUAGCGAGCAGUAUGGCAGGCAAUCCAUUCUCUGGACUGGUGGACAACUCUGACGGUACAAACCCGCAACAAGGAGCUGAGAACAGGCAACCCUUGCCAAACCCUUGGCAGCGCGGUGGAGGAGGCGGCGGUGGGGCCGCGGGUACCGGCGGCACGGGCCCGGCGAGCGCUGGCCCCGGCCUCAUCAACACGCCGGGCAUGCAGUCACUGCUGCAGCAGAUGUCUGAGAACCCUCGCCUCGUGCAGUCCAUGCUCUCCGCGCCUUACACCAAUAGUAUGCUCCAGGCCCUUGCCGCUGACCCCGACAUGGCAUCCCAGCUUAUCAACCAGAACCCGAUGUUUGCAAACAACCCCCAGCUACAGGAACAGAUCCGCACAAUGAUGCCGCAAAUGUUAGCACAGUUACAGAACCCAGAGAUGCAGCAAAUGAUGUCCAACCCACAGGCCCUGAACGCGCUACUUCAGAUCCAGCAAGGAUUGGAACAGCUCCGCACUGCGGCGCCCUCGCUGGUGGGCAACCUGGGGCUGGGGGUGGGAAAUGCCACCGCCACUCCCACCACAACGCCACCAGCGCCUGCCGCGCCGCCCAACGCACCCCCGCGCCAACAACAGAACUCUGAACUCUUCACGCAGUUCAUGCAGCGAAUGAUGUCGGCCAUGGCGAAUAAUCAAACGAAUUCAUCACAGCCACCUGAACAGCGCUACUCGCAACAACUCGAACAACUCACGGCUAUGGGCUUCCUUAACCGGGAAGCGAAUCUGCAAGCACUGAUUGCGACAUUUGGCGAUGUAAACGCGGCGGUGGAGAGGUUACUAGCUCUCGGCCAGUUGUCCAUGAGCUAACACUCGAGCGCUUAGCAACUUAGACGUCCACUACUGCGGCUACGAUUUGCUUACACCAUCCUAAAACUAUAAUUUAGUUACAUCCUCACUUCCAUUUCGGUUGAAAUCAAGUUAAUUUAGUUUUGUCUCACAGUUAUUUAUUGUUUGAAGCUUAGUUACUCGUGAUCACGUGUGGUGUGUAAGGUGUCGUGAUAUUAUAUUUAGGGUAUGGGUGUGGCUUUAAGGCCUUUUAUAUUUAUGGUCGCCAUGCAAAAGAAACAAGCUACAGUUUAUAAUGAAGUCUGCUACUUUAUCCUUUUGACCACCAUAUUCAGCUAUCGACGACAAAAAAAGUGCUUUAAAAGAUACGUUUUCUUGUCGGAUAUGGCCAACAGUGACGAUUACAUUAUACCCUUCAAUAAAUAGGCUAUUACAUCUGCUUGUUGAUGGUGUCAAGUGAGUUUGUAACAAUAUUAUAGUUACAUAUUUAGAUUGUUUAUGGUUUCGGUAAAAAAUGUGUGAGUGAUGUACUUGAGUUACUCUUUUAAAAUGGCAGGAUUCGAAAUAAACGUGUUUUAGAACAAGUAAUAAGUAUUGAAAAUACAUUUAGACUUCACCUUCAUAUUUAUUAAAGGGUAAUUUCAAUAGUUAUUAAUAUGUAUGCUCUUAGUGGUAACAUUAAAACGUGCUUAGUUUUUGAAUAACGUCAUUUUAUGAGAACACUAUCACUUGAUUUUGUUUCAAAUGUAAUGGUGUAAGUAAGGAUGGGCUAGCGACAAUUCAACAUUUAACUAACACUCUUCAAAUUUUAUUACCGUGUUUGUCGUUACGCACGUCUCAGUUUCCUUUAAUUAAUAUUUUAAUGAUAAAAAUUCAUUCCUUCUUGUUUUAGGCAAUACGCAAAAUUGUUGUUUAUACAUUAAGUAAUAAAAACACUACAAUUCCUGAUAAAAUCGUCAUAAAAUACUACUGUAAAGGAAUAUAAAAUAUAUUUCUAUAUAAUUUAAUUUAAUGUAUUCUUGUUAUACUCUAUGUUAUCGAUGUGAACUCACUGGCGUAGAAUUACGUAAAUAAUAGGUUUAUGUAAAUAGAUUUGCUUCAAAAAAUAUGUGGAAGAAACACAAAACUUGCAAUAAAAAAAUAUCAUUUUGUCUAAAGUUAUUGAUUUUUUUAUAAUUUCAGUUUCUUCGUGUCUUUUUUCUUUAGUCACAAUUUAAUGGGGUGUAUAAGGUUGACUGAUUAUUUUGCAUUGUGUCAGGUUAAACUGAAUAUUGGUUGAUUAUGGACAAAAAUAUAUCAAUAUAACAAAAGACAAAAAUACAAUUGUUUUCUUUUACUUCAUAUGUAUUUAUUUUACAGGCAGCUUUUUAAGUAGAAGUCUCAGAAUAUUAUCAGAUACAGAUAUUGUACCAGAUGUUGCCUUGCUGAAUAUGAUGCUUGAUGAAACCUUGCUUUGAAAUACUUAAAAACUUGCCUGUAAAACACUACCAACCAUGCUUGUCCUACCAUAUGUGUAUGUAGCCAUGUAAAAUAUAUUUAUCUUUUUUGUGGUGGUUAAGUACUUUUAUAUUUCACUUUUCUUUUGUAGCCUAUUGUAGUGGUUUUAUAGGUAAUUAAAUUUAAGUUGUAAAAAGUAUGAAAGAGUACUAAUGUUGCUCAUUUUUGUAGGGGAAUGUGUUAAAAUUACCCAGAAGUGAUGAAUCACUUUGUGUGUUAAAUAUUUCUUGUAUAGAGAGGCAUUGAUCAUAGGCGCACCUUUAUUUAUAUAAAAAAUCUUCUGGAUAAUAACGUAAGUUUACUGGCUUAAAUUGUUUAUUAAAACAAAUUUACGCAUUAAUGUUCCUUUCUUAGCUAGCUUCCGUGCUUAUGACACCAUUUUUCUUUUAGAAAUAGUAGUAAUUGAUUUGGCUUGCGAAAUUCAUGUUUUAAUCGAAAAGCGUGUGCUCUGUGAUGUGUUCUAGACUGCUAGAAUUGUUUAAAAUCGUAUGAAUCUGGGUGUAACAAUAUUAUUACGUGACAGAAUGCAAUUAUUAUAAAUAAAUUUAAAUA